AUGUUGAUGUUCUCUGCUUUCAAGACCCUCACAGGUCAAACUGUGACUGUGGAGCUGAAAAAUGAUUUGGCCAUCCAAGGCACACUGAAGAGCGUGGACCAGUUCCUCAACUUUAAACUCGAUGAUAUCAAAGUUUUGGAUGCGGCUCGAUUCCCUCACUUGUUCGCCGUAAAGUCUACCUUUAUUCGUGGCUCUGUGGUCCGCUUUGUCUACAUUCCCGCUGCGGCGGUAGACACGCAGCUGCUGGAAGAUGCGACACGGCGAGAAGCUGAGACACAAACCAAGUAG